AUGGCCUGUCUGCCGGACUUCUGCGAGGCCCUUCAGACACGUGCGGCCGAGUUGCGGCGGAAAGUACGUGACGAGCAAAAGAAACAGGAGGUGGCCCACCGCAAAGUCUCCUUGGUGGAGGACGAGGUGGCCCGACUUCGAGCAGAGGCUUUGGAGCUGCAGCUAGCUGCCGACAAGCAGCGACAGGAGCGGAAGGCUCAGCGCGAGGCCAAAGUGGAUGUGGCAUCCUUGAAGAAGGAGGUAAACCGCCGGCACAAUCAGGUGCUUAUCCUGACUGAGGAAUUGGCGCGUAUGCAGGCUGACGUUCGCAGUCUUGUAAGCGAAGCGGUGCGACAGGCUGAGAAGGCCGCUUUGGCAAGAGAAGCAGAGGUCGAACAGCAGUGGUCCACGCGCGAGGAAGUAGAGCAAGACAAAUUCAGGAAGGCUGAGCAAACAACGCUGAGCCUGGAGCAGGAUUCCGCAUGUCUUGAGCACGAGAUGCGCGCACUGCCGCGUCGAGCCGCCGCGGUGCAGCUCUUUGCCGUGUUAGAUCAACUUCGGCACGUCCGACAGGUCGCCGAGCGCAUGCAGACUUUCCGGCGUGAAGAGGCGUGCCUACUGGAGCUUCGAAGCAGGAGACUCUGCGAGAAAGACGAGAAACUCACACAGCUGGACGAGGAGGCAGCCGAGCAGCGCUGCAAGGCUGCUGAGCACCGGGCUGCCUUCGAGGAGGAAGCCAGGCGAGAAGAGCAGGAGCUCAUCGAGCGCCUGGAGAGGAAUCGAAAGCGCGCGGAGCGAGCUGAGCGUGAAGCUGCGAGACAUCUCAAGGAGUCACGAGAUGCUUCAUCCGGGCCGAAGCCAAAGGAGGGUCGAGACAUCUCUGCACCCACACUUCCUCCUGUGGCUCCCAGCGAUCUGUCCGCAAAGCGGAGUUCGUACUGGCGGGAGCCCUCAAGGCCUUGGACCAUGAGCGGAGUGGCCGCCUUUCUCGGGCUUCUGCGGCCGGCUGAUAUCCCAUGA